GUCUGGAUGCCGGGACCUACGAUGUUAUGGCGGACUGCGGGGAGAAGUCCGUCGAUAAAACGAAUAGCUCUCUUCUCCUCUGUACUCACAAGAUCGGGUAUAAAGGAUCCGAGUCGGGUAAACUCUCUCUCGUACUCGUCGACAGAACGAGUACCCUAUCUGAUUAAAAUAUUUUCCUUGUAUUUUAUCAUGUCGAAUCUUUCCAAUAUUAAGAUGUCGCCCCGUAGGGAACUCGAUCGUCUGGUUGUCCCCCGGGCCACCAUAGUCGCACAGUUCCGCGACUACCACCCUGAGAAAUUCUCCAGCCAGGGAGAUCCUCGUAUCGUAGACAAAUGGGUUCAGGGCCUUGAAUUGAUUUUUGAGGUCAUGGACUGUCCAGAUCGCUAUCGCGUUACAUGCGCACAGCUGCAGUUAACCGGUGAUGCUCGAUUCUGGUGGAAUGCUUACUGGAGUAUGCGUCCCGGCGAAAAGGAAGGUUGUACCUGGGACAGAUUCAAGGAGAUGUUUCGUGAGAAGUACUAUCCCACGUACUACCGAGCAGAGAUGGAGUGUCAGUUCCUGUCGCUCAAACAGGGUACUCGCUCUGUUGAUGAGUACGAGACAGAGUUUACCAGACUCGGAGCCUUUGUUCCCGAUCUGGUGCGUACCGAGGCACAACCGGCACAGCCUUUCACUGACGGGCUUCACGCAGCAGUCCGUCACAACAUUGUAGGUUACAGAGCCCUGACUUACGCUCGUACAGUUGCUAUUGCCCAGGAGGUGGACGCCAGCAUCCGUAGGGAGGCAAACCACGAUCAUCUGCAACCAAUUUCCCCUGCUCAGUCAUCCAUAGCUUCACCCGUUCCACCAGCUGCUGCCCAACCACUAAAGAACCAAAAGAGAAAAGGAAGCCGCCCAGACCGACAGGAGGACCCGACAGAGGCCACAGCAAAUUCCACA